AUAGCCAUUUGGCAAAGGCAGACCUAACUUGAGCUAUAACUUAAGCUAACGUUACUGCAUAGAAAUGAAUUUAUUCGCUAGUUCGAAAAACAAUGAAUCCCCGCUAGCUGAAAACAAUUAGCUAAUGUUGAGAGGGAGGGGUCUCAAAACUCAGCGACAAGGUAAUACACUUGUCUUUAGCCAGCCCCUUGUUUCUCGGCCUCUGGUCGGGUUUGAAGUUUUUGUUUAUUUGUUGACGAGCCAGCAAUAAGUCUCAAGUCCAACCCUUCAACCUGGCAAUAAUGUACAAGGUUGUGCUCUACUAGCAGUAUAGCCUACAUAGCUAAAGACGAUGGCAAGAUACACUCGAAUUCCAGGAUCAAUUGCAUUGAUUACACUGACAAAUCCACCUGUGAACGCGCUGAGUGCUGCAGUGCGACAGGGCAUCACUGACACCGUGAGCAGAGCCGUCAGUGACCCAGAAGUAAAAGGCGUGGUGCUGUGCGGGGAGAAUGGGAAGUUCUGUGGGGGGGCAGACAUCAAGGAGUUUGGUGGACAAAUGAAGGGACCGCAUCUUGUUCCGAUGAUCGAUGCAAUCGAAGCUACAGCCAAGCCUGUGGUGGCCGCCAUCGAGGGCAUGGCUCUGGGCGGGGGCUUGGAGCUGGCGCUGGCCUGUCACUACCGCAUCGCCCACGUCAAGGCACUGCUGGGGCUCCCGGAGGUGGCCCUGGGCCUGCUUCCAGGUGCAGGGGGAACCCAGCGUCUGCCCAGGCUCAUCGGGGUGCCCGCUGCGCUUGACCUCAUCACCACAGGUCGGCAUGUGUCUGCCCAGGAGGCGCUGAAGCUGGGCAUUGUGGACCGCAUUACGGCCGGGAACACGCUGGAGGUGGCGGCUGAGUUUGUGCGGAGCGUAUCAGCGGAGCAGCGUCUGGCCCUGCCUCGUCUGAGCACGUGCCCGACCCCCUGCCCCCCCGACCUGGACUCCUUCCUGGAGCGCGCCAUGGCGCAGGUGCGGCGCCGUGCCCGGGGAGCCUUGGCUCCAGUGGCCUGCGUGCAGGCGGUCCGAGCGGCCGCCACCCUGCCCUACAGCCAGGGCAUGCGCGUAGAGAGGGAGCUGAUGGCCACCCUCUUCAAAUCCCAGCAGGCCCGGGCCAUGCAGUACUGCUUCUUCUCCCAGAGGUCCGUGGGCAGGUGGAGCACGCCCAGCGGAGCGCGCUGGGACAACAGCAGCCCGCUGCCUGUCCAGAAUGCGGCCGUCAUAGGUCUAGGCACUAUGGGGAGAGGGAUAGUCGUGUCCUUUGCGCGGGCAGGGAUCCCGGUAGUCGGUGUAGAGAUGGAUGCUAAGCAGCUGGAGAUCUCCAGGCGAGCGGUGACCUCCAUGCUGGAGAGAGACGCACGGAGACAGGGGGCGGAGCUGCCUGAGGGACUGGUGCGCUUCACCACGGACCUGCGGGACCUGCGCGAGGUAGACCUGGUCAUCGAGGCCGUGUUUGAGGACAUGGCUCUGAAGAAGAGGGUCUUCGGCGAGCUGUCCUCCGUAUGCCGGCCCGACACCCUCCUCUGCUCCAACACCUCCACCCUCGACCUGGACCAGCUGGCUGCUGCCACCCACAGGCCGGAGCUGGUCGUGGGCAUGCACUUCUUCUCCCCGGCGAACGUAAUGAAGCUUCUGGAAGUCAUCUAUGGGUCUCGCUCGGCCCCAGCUGCCGUGGCCACGGCCAUGCAGCUGGGGAAAAGGCUGGGAAAGGUGAGCGUCGCCGUGGGCAACUGCCACGGCUUCGUUGGGAACCGCAUGGUUCUGCCCUACAUGUCGCAAGCCAACUUCCUAGUGGAGGAAGGAGCCACACCCGAACAGGUGGACCAGGUGCUGGAGGAGUUUGGAUUCUCCAUGGGCGUGUUCAGGAUGUCUGACCUGGCCGGGCUGGACGUGGGGUGGAGGAUCCGGAAGGAGUUGGGGCUGACCGGCCCCGGCGUGGCCCCCGGGGAGCCGGCCCGCAGCCGGAAGGGGAGCAGGUACAGUCCCCUGGCGGACCUCCUGUGUGAGCAGGGCCGGCUGGGGCAGAAGACCGGCUGCGGGUGGUACUUGUACGACAGGCCCGGGGGGCGGGAGGCCAAGCCCGACCCCUGGAUGCGGGGCUUCCUGGAGGAGUACCGGAGCAGCCACGGCCUCCGCGCGCGGCCCGUCGACCAGCAGGAGGUGCUGGAGCGCUGUCUGUACGCGCUGGUCAACGAGGGCUUCCGCGUCCUGGAGGACGGCAUCGCCGCGGGGCCCGAGGACGUCGACGUCAUCUACGUGCUGGGCUACGGCUGGCCGCCGCACAGGGGCGGGCCCAUGUUCCACGCGGCGGCGGUCGGCCUACCCGCCGUCCUGGAUAGGCUGGAGCACUACCACCAGGCCCACCCCGACGUCCCGGGCCUCCAGCCCAGCGCCCUGCUGCGGAAGCUGGUCGCCAGGGGCAGCCCGCCCAUCCAUAAGUGGAGGGAGGUCAUCAAGAACAUCCGCAGUCAGCUCUGAGAUGUACCCAGGUCACCACUGUUCCACCUCAUCAUCCCUGCUAAGAAUUUAGUGAUGAUGAAGUUUAAUGCCUCCCUGUUACCUUGCUCUUAUAAGAAACGAUGGGGUGAUGUAACAGUAUUUCUGCUGUUAUGAUUAAUUAGGACCAGUGAUCCUGCUGGUUUGUGAUUUGACCUGAAUUUUAGAAACUAGUUCAUAUCCAGGAAACCAGGUUAAGUGAGUGCAAUAAACUGCUUUAUAAUUGUUCAAUCAGUGCAGAAUAACAAGAAAAACCAGCAGGUUUUUGUAAUUGAGAACCUUGAAACAUGAUCAGCUACAAGAUGACUAUUAUAGGUGCUAUAUCUAACUUUUUAAUUGCGGAGUGAGUUUAUUUGCAUUUAUUCCUUUGUUCCACGGUGAAAUUUUCAAUCGGUAUGUUCACAGGAUAUACUGUCUGAAACCACUAAACUUCACAGUUCUGCCUGUAUGAAUUAUGUUUUGAUAUGUUUUGCAUAAGCGACAACGGUUCCUUUUUUUGUAACGUCACCUCACCUUCUCUGCAUUUUGGAAAUCCUCCCACGACACAAAUCACGGGUCCACCAAAACAAAUCCAUAAUAGUUUCUAAUUCCAAAUCCUAGGAGAAACAUUGAUAUUAUGUCCAUUGAAUUCUAAUUUUUGUCUUGUUUGUGAAGUCUAAAAAUUGAGAGAUUGCUGAAAAUGUUUUUUGUCAUAUUUUGAAAUAGCUGAAAAUAAAUUACUAAAACAUG